UGUUGUUCUCUUGUACCUAAAAUACCUUUACACCAUAUAUAUUCACGGUCAUCGGCCUAUGAAAGAUGCUAUAAGGUGUCCAAAGAUACAUGAGGACUUGAAAAAUGAAUUGAAAAAUACAGCUGAGCAGAAAGUACUGAAUCUCACCCAAACUUUUUGCAAAAUAUAAACAGGCACCCACUUUUUCAUAAAAUAUAACCCAUAAGACAUGUUUAGAUUUUAAAUGUUUUUAACAUGACUUAUGUGGAGAAAUGAGGCGUAUUCCAUUGUUGAAAGUGUGGGGACUCACUGAGUUUUUAUUGAACCUGACAGUUUUUAUCAUCUCAGACCCAGUUCAUAAUUUUCAUUUCAUGGUUCUCCAACUCAACAUAACUAAGUUGCAUGGAACCCUUUUUUUUUUUUUUUCAAUUAAAUCCUUUUCUUUCUCUGCUUUCCUCUGUUUAUCUCUUGCGUAACUUUCAUAGUUUCUGUAGUUUUUAUUGUCUUCUUUUAAUAUUUUGUGAUGUCACACUGAGUCAUUUUGUAAACAUUUUUCUUUUCUUUGAUAAUUGCCGGUUCUUGUUCAGCGGUGUGUGUGGUGGAUGUGGACCUCUGUGGUGAAGCUGGGAGUGUCUGCAGGCGCUGACUGGUUUUCUCUCGUCUCCAAGCCAUCCCACUAAGGAAAGUUUAUAGCCUGCAGACAUGCUCUCCGAGGGAGCCAGUCGCCUCACUGACUGCUUCGUCUUGUACGUGAGGGCCUUUGCAGAGAGUAACUGGAGUAACACAGUUUAAAUCUUCAAUGGAGAACAGCCCGAACCAGGAGGUGGAGGACAGCUCGUAUCUGUGCUUCCAGAGAACUCCAUCUCUGAGACGCAAAUGGAGGAAACGCUACGGCGGUCUGGACGGCAACAAACUGCUGGAGCCCAAUAAAGACCCAGAUGUGAGAGAGGAUGGACAGAUGACAGACGAGAGUCAGCAGAGGAACGCUGAGAACCAGGAUGCGGCUCCCCGCCCGCUGCCCAGAAACCACAAACCUGUCAGCCUCGUGAGUCCCGGACCAGCAGCAGCUCCUCUGUCAGUCAGUAAUGGCUGCCUGAAGCCUCCUCUUCCCCAGACAGCAGUCGUCCAACCAGAGGACAGAGGCUUCGUCCCAGCCCAUCCCUGGUUCCCCCACCAGCAGAGCCCGUCUAAACGCAGGGCAGCCGCUGACGUGUUGUUUGACAGCUUCGCUUCGGACGGAAGAAUCAACAUCAACCAGUUCUUUGAGGCGGUUUGGAGCUCUGGCCUGCACAGAUCAGACCCCCGACUCAGAGAAUGUUUCUUCCACCUGAGGAAACUGCAGGACGCUGAGGGAACAGUUGACAGAACCUCCUUCCACAGGUGUAUCACAGGAUUCGUCUCUCUCAUCCUCAAAGCCCUGCAGGGCCGGUUUGUCAUUCCAGAUUUUUCUACCUUCACUGAAGAGACACAGAAGUUGUUUUCGAGGUGUCGUCAGCUGUCGUCUGUCCAGGAGAAGGAAAAGGAGGGUGUGGACAGUGCCAAGUGGGGCGUCUCAAUCUGCACUGUGGAUGGACAGCGGCUGUCUCUGGGUGACUGUGCAGGGUCUCUGGUUCUGGGUGAGGUGUCGUGGCCACUGGUCUACGGCGUGGCGGUGGACCUGCUGGGCUCUGACUUCGUCCACAGAUACGUUGGCAUGGAGGAGUUCUCCAAAUACGACUCACCAUUCAGCCUCACUAAAACAGGAAUUCCUCACAGCCCGCUGACUGAGACUGGAGCCAUCGUCACUACAUCUUUACUACAGCUGGCAGGACGGCUGUGCGCAGAGGAGGAGGAGAAGUACGACUCGGUGCUGAACGUCAUCCGGAGGCUGUGCAACAAGGAGCAUGCCAACUUAAACUGCACCAGCUACCAGAGCAGCAGGAAGGCCAGCGUCCGACUCCAUGCCUUGUCCUUCUACCUGCAGGAGAAAAAGUGUUUUCCAGAGAAAGCUGACAUUAACGCUGCGUUGGAUCUAAUGCUGCAGUGCUCCUCAACAGAGGUCACCUGCGAAUCAGGAGCUGCCAUGGCUGCAUCGUUAGCCAAUGGGGGCCUCUGCCCUUUGUCAGGUGACCAGGUGUUGUCGCCAGUGGCAGUGCGGAGUAUGCUGUCCAUGAUGCAAGUAGCCGGGAUGAAGGAUUACUCCACAGCCUUCCACUAUAAGACGUCGAUACCAGCCAUGUCCAGCAGCCAUGGUGCCCUGCUGGCGGUAGUCCCUGGUGUUCUGGGACUGAUGGCUUUCUCUCCUGAGUUAGAUGCUUCUGGAAACCCUUGGAGAGCCGUCCACUUCUGCCAGGAGCUGAUAUCGACGUUUCAGCUGCACAGCUUUGACAUCAGGACUCCGUUCAGGCAGGUUUUGGCCUACAGGCAGUGGAAGGCUGAAUCCGAGGGCUACCAGAUCAUGAAUGUCCUGCUGGCAGCUUUUAAAGGAGACAUUCAGUCCCUGAGAAGGUACUUCCUGUCUGGUGUGGAUGUAAAUGCCGUCGACUACGAUGGCAGGUCGGCUCUGCAUGUCGCAGCCGCUGAGGGUCACACCGAGGUCAUCCGCUUCCUGCUGGAGAACGCAGGAGGAAACCCCGCCCUCAAGGAUAGGUGGGGGAGCUCUCCUCUGAACGAGGCCAGGAGGCACAACCAGGAAGCUGCAGUCCAGCUCCUGCAGGGGCAGCAGGGUGCCCUGUGAGCAGCUCAGCCACUAACAAAACCUUCACAAACCAUUUCUAUGAGCAUAAAGACAGCAAACUACACAUGAAAUACUGAAACACUCCUCAAAACAGCGAUAAACCUGGCAUUCAUGGAUCCAUGGAAUUGUUUGUUUUUUCUAGGAGAUAUCUGGCCAAAUAUAGAUGACAUGACAUUACAUCCAGAUAUUUGAUAACAGGAAAAUUUUCCAACUUAAACAUCUAUGAUGCAUGCCAGGUUUACGUGUCAGUCCUGGUGACAUGCAGCCAAAUGAAGAGGACGUGGAUGAGAAAAAAAGUUCGUUUAUGUUUGUGUUUUUUAAUGUUGAGUAGGCUCUGUCAGUGCUAUUGUAUUGCAGCACUGGAUUUUUAUUUCCAUUAAUAUUUUAUGAAAUUAAAAAAAAAAAUGGAUCUCAUGACUGUAGAAUAUGAUGAAGUAAAACACUUUUCU